CCUUUUCUCUCUCUGUUUUUGCUGAAACUGACGGAGCCAGUGCUCGACUUCCUCCGACUCGACGGGGGGGACGGGGUCUCUAGGUGCAGAAGUCGAGAGAGAGGGGGAGUGAAGGAGGAUGAGUGGCGGCGGUGGGCUGAGGAGCUUAAUUUCGGCGGCGGUGACGACGGGGGUGGCGGAGGCGAAGGGGAGGAUAUUCGGGCACAUCCUGAAUCCCACGGGGCAGCGAUCCCCACACAAACUUCUCAGGCAGAAGCUCUUUGGCGAGAAAGUCGCGCAGUGGUACCCCUAUGACAUCAAGAAGGACGACCCUCUCGUCAUGGCCCGUCAAGAACAAGAUCGCUUAUCAAAGCUUGAAAUGUUGAAGCGUCGUGGGAAGGGACCACCCAAGAAGGGCCAAGGAAGACGUGCUGUGAAGCGCAGCAAGUGAAACUGGGAUACUCACGUUAUUUGUGCACAUUUUGACUCAUUGUCAGUUAGAAUUGUAUUUUUGGCGGUUGAUAUUCUGUUUAUCUAGCUCUCUUUUUUCUUCCCCUUUUGUAAUGAAGAUGUUUUGGCGAAAUGAAUGGGACAUGUCAUUUAAUAGUAUUUGAGUCAUAAUUUAACUUUGUCUAUG